UGCUGCGGCCACAGCAGCGGCGCUGGGUCGAUGGCGGCGGCUGCGGUGGCAGCGGGGUCCGGGGCGGCGGAGGGCACCGAGUUUGCGGAGGGGCCCCCGGGGCAGGCGGUGGCACUGGAGCUGUGGCUCAAUAAAGCUACAGACCCAAGCGUGUCGGAACAGGAUUGGUCGGCUCUCCAGAAUUUCUGCGAGCAGGUGAACACUGAUCCCAACGGCCCAACACAUGCGCCCUGGCUGCUGGCCCACAAGAUCCAGUCUCCACAAGAGAAGGAAGCUCUUUAUGCUUUAACAGUGUUGGAGACCUGUAUGAACCACUGUGGAGAGAAGUUCCACAACGAAGUAGCCAAGUUCCGCUUCCUGAAUGAGCUGAUCAAAGUGUUGUCUCCAAAGUACUUAGGGUCCUGGACCACAGAAAAAGUUAAAGGAAGAGUCAUUGAAAUACUCUUUAGUUGGACAGUCUGGUUCCCAGAAGACAUCAAGAUCCGAGAUGCUUAUCAGAUGCUGAAGAAACAAGGAAUCAUAAAGCAAGACCCUAAACUACCAGUGGACAAAAUCAUACCCCCACCAUCUCCCUGGCCCAAGAGUUCCAUCUUUGAUGCUGAUGAAGAAAAGUCAAAGCUUCUGACAAGGCUUUUGAAGAGUAGCCACCCUGAGGAUCUUCAGGCUGCGAACCGGCUGAUCAAGGAUCUGGUCAAGGAGGAGCAAGAGAAGUCAGAGAAGGUGUCCAAGAGAGUCAGCGCGGUGGAGGAAGUCCGCAGCCAUGUGAAGGUGCUGCAGGAAAUGCUGAGCAUGUACCGUAGGCCGGGGCAGGCCCCACCAGACCAGGAGGCCCUGCAGGUCGUGUAUGAAAGAUGUGAAAAGCUGCGGCCCACCCUGUUCCGGCUAGCGAGUGACACCACAGAUGAUGACAACGCGCUCGCGGAGAUUCUCCAGGCAAAUGACCUCCUCACCCAGGGAGUUCUCCUGUAUAAACAGGUGAUGGAGGGGCGUGUCACCUUUGGGAAUACAGUGACCAGCCUGGUGGGAGACAUACCUGUCUCCAGAGUCAUUCAGAAUCCAACAGGCUGCGUGAAGAACUGCUCCCUGAUUGAUUUGGAGGGUGACGGCGGAUCCGGGCAGACUGAGACUCUGGCGCCAUCUUUACUUCAUCAGGACCUGGCAGCCUUAGGGAUCAGUGAUGCCCCUGUUACAGACAAGGUUGCCCGUCAGAAUUGCUGUAAGGAAAGGAGGAAUCCCACCUCCAGCACACUGCCAGGUGGUGGUGUCCAGAGUCCUUCUGCAGAAAGGAACUUGCUGGAUCUCCUGUCACCACAGCCCUCUUCGGGCCCUCAAAAUUAUGUUCCCCAGAAGAGUAUCCCCAAGGAAGUACCACCAGGCACUAAGUCCUCUCCAGGCUGGUCCUGGGAGGCUAGCUCCUUAGCUUCUACGCCAUCUUCCCAGAAUACACCUCUGGCUCAAGUAUUUGUCCCUUUGGAAUCUGUUAAGCCCAGCAGCCUGCCUCCCAUUGUCCUGUAUGACCGGAAUGGAUUCAGAAUUCUGCUCCACUUCUCCCAGACUGGGGCCCCUGGCCACCCAGAGGUGCAGGUGUUGCUGUUGACCAUGAUGAGCACUGCUACCCAGCCCGUGUGGGACAUCAUGUUUCAAGUAGCCGCGCCGAAAUCAAUGAGAGUGAAGUUGCAGCCGGCGUCCAGCUCCAAGCUUCCUGCCUUCAGUCCUUUGACGCCUCCAGCCAUGAUCUCUCAGGUGCUGCUGCUUGAAAAUCCACACAAAGAGCCCAUCCGGUUGCGGUAUAAGCUGACGUUCAACCAGGGCGGGCAGCCUUUCAGUGAAGUAGGAGAAGUGAAGGAUUUUCCAGACCUGGCUGUCUUGAGUGCAGCCUAACUUUUCACGAGAUGGACCCUGCCAUCCAAGCUUAGGCCAGUGUUCCUCUCAUGGUCUAGACAGGACUGAUUUUCACACAGAGUGCCAAGAGUCCUCUCCUGUCAUCAGGCUCUGGAUGCUGCCCUCAGACUUACUUUGCUGAUACUGUUUGUGUGUGUUGUGGGGGCUGGGGGUGGGUAGAGAGGGGCUUGGAAUGUGGGCAGCCUGUGAAAUGCAGAACCACUGCUGAUAAUCACCCGAUACAACCGUAUCUGUUCUGCAUGUCGAUGGACACUGUUCCUGCUUCACAUAUGGUGGUUUUAUAAGCCAAAGGUUUUUUUCACAUAUUGUUAUCUUUUCAUUCAUUCACUCUGUGCCUUGUCAGCCUUUGAAAGUCUUGGUCGUUCCCAGGCUGCUGUUCUCAGGGACCUUAAAAGGGACCUGGUUGGUCUUGGGGCAGAGAGUAUCUUCUGAGGCACUCUCUUCCAAGAAAGACCUUGUCUCCAUUUCCAUUAGAGAAUGCUGCUGUGUACGUGUGUUCAGGAGGACUGUCUGCAUAGGAUGCUUGUUGGACUGUUUCCAGGUGAGGGGCUGCCUCCAGACCAGAGGACCACACUUGGUGGUCCUUCACCACUGUGCCUUAGACCUGCCCUUAGGUGGACCCUACUGGGGCAGAGGGGAAAGCAGACCCCAGGCCUCAGGUUCGGUGGCUUGGGCAGUCUGUCUGACCCCUUACUUGGGACCCUCAUCUCCAUCCUUCUCCUCCUCAAGCAUUUACUGAGCUCUUUGACUGACAGGGUGUGAUUCAUUGUAAAUUAUCACUAAACAGGCCAGCCCUUAGCUGUUGCUGACUUCACAAUCCAAGAUAGAGAACUGUAAUGCAAAUAGAUAGAAGAGCUUAGCCAUGAUUUAAGUGGUAACUAAAUAUAGAACGUCACUGAAUAAA